CUUCCAUCACACCAUCAUCCUUCAAAUUGGGUCAAUCUACCAAAAUGUCGGCUUUGUUCAACUUUUCAUCACUUUUGCUAGUGAUCCUAUUAUCGAUUUGCACAUGCACAUACAUCAGAGCAGCAGCGCCCGGAUUGGUUGAUAGGAAUAAGAAUGGACCGCUUGGCUUAGUAUUCAAAGCAGCGAGGAUAGGUGAACGGCUAUCGCCGUAUGUAUCGCUUGCGUGUAUCGUUAUGGCCUGCUAUUUGAUCGUCUGAACGCCAUUUAAUUCGAGCUCUACGAUAUUGUAUUAUUAAUCCAUCAUCAAUUCACAGCCUCGGCAAAAGAUCUGGUAUAAGCAUUUAGGUUGUGAUA